GAAGUGUGUUAUGCGCGCAUUUAAUUUCAGGUUUGGCCCAAGACAUCUAUGGGUCCGGGAAGCAGUACUGAAUUUUGUUCCAAACAAAGUCGGACUUACGCCGCAUGACACCAACAGACUGAACCGUUUUUUCAUGUGUUAUCUUUUCUUUACAUCUAUGAAACAACUAGUUUAAAGUCACCAGAAAUGGGUCCCGGAUAAAUUAAAGAAUAUUCCAGAAACAGUGUGGACUAACGUUACGGGAGAAAUAGAAGGAGUCGCCUCACACCGGCCAUUGUGUAUUAGGAACGGAAUUCAGUUCUCGCCAAAUUGAAGCCCCUUGCCCCAUCCCUUACUAUCCUUCCUGAUUCUAUUCCGGGAGAGUUCAGACCAGUAUCAUCGCCAAGAUAGCCGGGCCAGGCAGGAAGAGGCACACCUCAGAUCCAGACCCCAGCAGUGGUAGUGAUUCCAGCGACGGGCGGCCUGUUAGUGCCAAGUGCCUGAAGAUGGCCAGCAGCGGUGGUAAUGGUGUGGCUGGUAGUGAGACAGUGGGCCGUCGUGGUGGGACUCAGCAGAGAGGAGGCAGCGGCAGAGACAACAGCUCAGACCUGACCUCCAGUACCAGCAAGAAGAAGCAGAAGGACAGGGCCAACCAGGAGAGCAGAGAGGCCAAGAGGGCAGCCGCUGCAGCAGUAGAUGGGGUUAUUGCAGAGGUCAAGAAAGAUGUGUUUGUGGACUGGAAGCAGAAUGUCAAUGAAGUGACAGUCAGACUACGCUGUGGGGAGGGGGUGCAAAGGAUAGAGGAUAUCGGCACAACCUUCACUGAUGCACACUGCCAUGUGUGCUUCCCAGAUGGACGGCAGUGGAGCUGCCAAUUGCAGGAGGAAAUUGAAGCCUCCUGUAGCAGAGUCCAGUACAAGGAGAAGGGGGGUUUCCUGCAUGUCAUCAUGCAGAAGAAGAUUCCUUUUCACAUUUGGCCUUCGCUUAAGUCAAAUAAGAAGGAGAAGGAAGCAGUACCCAGAGAGACCAAAAAUGACAAGGAGCUGGAGAUGAAGCCUGUUGCCUUGGAGUCAUCAGAGAAACCCAAACUGCAGCCUCAACUGCAGCCCCAGCCUCCCUCCUCACCUGGUCGCAGUGAAUCAAAACGCAGCGGUGGCAAAGCUGAGCGAGGUGUCAAGCGCUGCCUGAAAAACAAACCAGCGUGUGACAAGGCCACUACGGACUCUGUAGGGGUGAAAGCUGGAGCUGGAGAUGGCUCAGCCACCACCAGUAAGCCUGUUACAGUUACUGGAGGCGAGCCGCAGCCUCAGGAACCCAGUGCCAAGCGCACUAUUGUACGGCUGCCUAAGCCCACCAAGGAGGCUACGUCACCGGCCGACAGGGACACACACUCUGUCAAGUCUACAGUAGCCAAUGGUAAAGCUCCACACACACACCUGUCCGCUGGUCGGAGUCUGCAGACGCAACACAGAGAUGGAGACAACAGAGCAGAGAGACUAGGCAGUGGUCAGGAACAGAAACCAGAAGCUGCGGUUACUGCUGCCAGCCAAACCAACAAAACUCAGGAUGCGGAGAAGCAAAACCAGUCUGGAGCAACAGCACAUGGCAAUGAUAGCCAACCAGCAGCUCCCGUCAGCACCGCUGAAUGCCUCAAAGCUGUCUGCUUCAACAACGAAGUGGACUCUUCUCCAGAAACCCUGCAAGAUAGAACUGACUCUGAGCCACAGAAAAGGCCUGCUGAGCAGGAAUCGGAGCAGGAUACUCUGAUCCGCCAGCAUCUUGGAUCAGGAGAGGCAGGUUUAAUACCAGCUGUUGGCGUGGCUGCCAAACAAGGCCAGUCACCCGGUGUAGCCCAGAGGCAGGGCAGCUGCGACGGAGAGGAGAAGCAGGACCAGUCGAAGGAGGAGCCUCCUCUGGAAAUGAAGCAACAGGAAGCCCCAGAGCCGAUGGUUAACCUGCAGUUUGUGAAGAAUGAUUCGUACGAGAAGGGCACGGACCUGAUGGUGGUUAAUGUUUACAUGAAGGGGAUCUGCAGGGACACGGCCAGGGUCAUCUUCAGGGAACAGGACUUCACCCUCAUCUUCCAGACGAGUGAUGCUAACUUUCUGCGGCUUCAUUCAGACUGCGGGCCAAACACAGUCUUCAAGUGGCAAGUCAAACUCAGGAACCUGAUCCAGCCUGAGCAGUGCAGCUACUCUUUCACCCCGUCCAGACUGGACAUCAUCCUGAAGAAGAGACACAGCCAGCGCUGGGGGGGUCUAGAGGCCCCUGCCACACAAGGUGCAGUGGGUGGCGCCAAGGUCGCUGUACCCUCCAGCCCUACCUGCAUGGAAAAGAGCCAGCCAGGCAGCAGCCAGCAUAGCCUCCCAGCUAAAGAAGAGCCUCCAAGGGUCGGGGAGGAGAAACCCAAGGCCUCCAAGACCUCUUCUAGAGUGGAGGAUGGCGGUCUGGACACCGUAGCUUCUCGCACUGUCUCUGAGCAUGUUGCCAUCACCAAGCCAGAGCCCUCUGUUACCACGCCUAAACCCACCUGCAUGGUGCAGCCCAUGACUCAUGCACCUCCUGCCAGCAAUGAGCGUCAUGAAGAAGAGGAGGAGAAGAAGGUCUGCCUGCCUGGUUUUACAGGAUUGGUCAACCUCGGCAACACCUGCUUCAUGAAUAGUGUCAUCCAGUCCCUGUCCAACACCAGAGAACUCAGGGAUUACUUCCAUGAUCGAGCAUUUGAGGCAGAAAUCAACUGCAGUAACCCACUGGGAACAGGAGGCAGGCUAGCCAUUGGUUUUGCUGUGCUGCUCAGGGCCCUUUGGAAAGGAACACAUCAUGCCUUCCAACCCUCAAAACUCAAGGCGAUUGUGGCCAGUAAAGCUAGUCAGUUCACAGGUUAUGCCCAACACGAUGCCCAGGAGUUCAUGGCUUUUUUGCUGGACGGGCUCCACGAGGACUUGAACCGCAUCCAAAAUAAACCUUACACAGAGACAGUCGACUCUGAUGGGCGGCUGGAUGAGGUUGUGGCGGAGGAGGCAUGGCAGAGGCACAAGAUGAGAAAUGACUCCUUUAUAGUAGACCUCUUCCAAGGCCAGUUCAAAUCCAAGCUCGUCUGCCCCACGUGCUCCAAGGUGUCUAUCACCUUCGACCCUUUCCUCUACCUGCCUGUGCCCUUGCCCCAGAAACAAAAGGUGCUCUCAGUUUACUACUUUGCUAAGGAACCUCAUAAAAAACCCAUCAAGUUUUUGGUGAGUGUCAGCAAGGAGAACUCCAGCACGGCUGAAGUCCUCGAAUCCAUCUCUAGGAGUGUCAGGGUCAAACCAGAGAACCUCAGACUGGCAGAGGUGGGGAAAAAACGUUUCCAACGCGUGUUCCUGCCGUCCCAUUCCCUGGACACGGUAUCCUCCUCUGACAUGUUGUUCUGCUUUGAGGUGCUUUCCAAAGACAUGGCCAAAGAGAGAGUGGUAUUGCUCAGAGUGCAGCAGAGACUUCAGGUUCCUAAUAUUGCCAUCUCAAAGUGUGCUGCCUGCCUAAAGCCUCCAGUGUCUGAGGAAGACAAGCUGAAGCGGUGCACUCGCUGCUAUCGUGUGGGCUACUGCAAUCAAGUGUGUCAGAAGACCCACUGGCCCAAUCACAAGGGUCUGUGUCGACCCAACACAGAGAACGUGGGCCUGCCUUUCCUGGUCAGCGUGCCAGAGUCUCGACUCUCCUAUUCCCGCCUCACCCAGCUGCUAGAGGGUUACUCCAGGUUUUCUGUCAACGUGUUUCAGCCUCCUUUCCAGUCAGACAGGACAUCCCCCGAAACAUCCCAGUGCCGGGUUGACCUCCCCACAAUGCCACCAGGCUCUCCUGAUGGUCUUGGGCCUGGGGAAGAGGCCAUGGGUGGUAGCAGUACUGUAGAAGCAGGUGAUCCGGAGCUGGAGAGCCACUCUCUGCUGCCUGAAUCUCAGGCAGAGUAUGCUCAGGCCUCAGCCCUCCACUCUGGGGAGUCAGAUUCUCUCUUCUCGUCCCAGACCUCACUCUCCACCACACGGACUUCAGAUUCAGGAUUCUCUGAGCCAAACUCCUCUACUUCCUGCUGGGCUUCGGACCCUCAUGCUGAAAAAGAGACUUCAUGUGAGAAGGCAGUACGGCCAGAAGCGGCAGUAACAGGGUAUCAGCAUCCAAGUGAAUCGGCGUCAGGCCAUGCCAGUCAGUUCUACAUAGCUUUGCUGGACUCUAACAACAAGGAACAGAGGCUGGAUGAGAAAGAGGAUGUGCUGGCGGACCUCCCCGAAGACUCACUCCUGGAGCUGGUGUGGAAAAACAACGAGCGUUUGAAGGAGUACGUCCUGGUGAGCUCCAAGGAACUGGAGUAUGAGGAGGACCCCGGCUCUCUGAGUGAGACGGCCAGAGCAGGACACUUCACGCUGGAGCAGUGCCUCAACCUCUUCACAAAGCCAGAGGUGCUGGCACCAGAGGAGGCAUGGUACUGUCCAAAGUGCCAGCAGCACCGAGAGGCCUCCAAGCAACUGCUGCUGUGGCGUCUGCCCAACGUUUUGAUCAUCCAGCUCAAACGCUUCUCGUUCAGGAGCUUCAUCUGGAGGGACAAGAUCAAUGACAUGGUUGACUUUCCCGUCAGAAAUCUGGAUCUGAGUAAGUUCUGUAUUGGCCAGAAGGAUGAGAUGCAACAACCCCCAAUCUACGACUUAUAUGCAGUCAUCAACCACUAUGGAGGAAUGAUAGGAGGCCACUACACGGCUUAUGCUCGCCUGCCCAGUGACAAGAACAGCCAGCGCAGUGAUGUUGGCUGGCGUCUGUUUGAUGACAGUACUGUGACAAUGGUGGAGGAGAGUCAGGUGGUGACGCGCUACGCCUACGUCCUGUUCUACCGACGACGAAACUCUCCCGUGGAGAGGCCGCCGCGCUUCCUCAGGCCUGUAGGAGCCGAGUCGCCUACUGCUGCAGGAGCUACAGCUAGCCAGGCCUCUCUAAUAUGGCGGGAACUAGAGGAAGAAGAGGAGGGGCUUGACGAAGGGCCCCGCGGACUGUUCCGCUCUGCACAGCGGAGGGGACAAACCGCAAGGAACAGAGAUGAGGAAGACGAAGACAGAGCUAAAGCGUCGAUGCGGCGGCACCGCAGGCAGAGGAUGUCGGACUAUCCCGACGAUGACUGUGUGCGAUACUUUGUGCUGGGCACCCUGGCAGCUGUGUUUGCUCUGUUUGUCAAUUUGGUCUACCCUCUCCUUUAGAAAGGAAUAUGAAUGUGAGGCCGGUCAAACAAGGAGAGGUUAGGUAGGAAACCUGGGAAAAGGCACAUGAAGUUUUAAUAAUUGCCAAUCCUCUAGAGUAAGAAGUGAGGAAGUCAUCAAUCCGUCUUCAGCUAGUAAAAUGAUUGUCUGUUCUACCCAAAACUACAACACAUGAAGUGUAUGUAUAACUUGGCACUACUCAACCCUUUAAAAUCAUAAAAAAAGUUAUAGUUAAAGCAACAGUAGAGGAAUACUAACAGCAAACAGUGCUGGUAUAAUGACUCUAAACUCUUCACUGCAUUACCUCUAUGCAUUGUACUUUUGCUUCCAGUGUGUGCUUUUCAAUUAUUUAGUUUUAAUGUCACAUUUUUGUAAAUAGUUCUCAGAUGAUGAUCUCUGACAGCCUCAAACACCCACACUAAUAUUUAAUCCUGGAACAACACAAGUGUGAAAGUAUAUUCUAAGGACCAGGGAGGCCACCAGAUACAGUUUAAAGCUCUGCGAAAAAGCUAGUAAGUGGACCUUUUUAGAUGAGAUGCUUUUGUGAAAUAAACGAUAAAGUUGUACAGUAACCUAUCAAAUACUUAUAAGCUGAUAAUUAUGACAAACUGAUUCUAGUACAAAAACUUGAUCUGGAGCUACAGAUGAAGCCACUGUUGAAGGCCUUUUGUUUUUAUUGCACUACACACUCAAGCCGUUAAGAUCGCAAAUUUCUGCAGUACAAAUGCCAGAUAGAUGAAUGAAGUAUAUGUGAGAAGAGACACUUUAACAGUGACUCCUUUUAAAUGUUAUCAUGAAGCAAAGAGAACCCUCUAUUUUUUGUGUCCCUUACUGUUCUUGCCUUUUUCAUGUCCUUUAAAGAGAGCACUGAUUUAUAUAAUAUUGCUCUUUGUGUCCAGCAACCAUGUGUUUUUAAAUGGGUUCUUUCAGCAGUGUGUUCGGUAGUUUGCUGUAUUUAUUUUUUAUUUUCCAUAAUUUUAGUGUUUGUUUGUCUGUUUUAGUUGCUUUUUAUUCAACACUUGAAGCCAUAGCCAGGUGAGGAUUUUAAAUUCUCAGGAUGAAAUGUUGCUCUGUGUGUUUUUAAAAAUCCUUCAAAAUAAGAUGAGAAAUUAACUCAUGCAGUCUUGUCACAGCCAAGUUGAAGGAUAUUUUCGGUAUAUUUAAACCUGGACCCUAUUUUGGUGUCGAAAUAACUAGUACGUACAAAAUGUUUUGGAAUCCUUGCAGUAGUAGGAUCCAGAGGUCUCACUCUACGACAAUUCCCGUUCUGAAAUCUCAAGACAGGCGAGUUGUUGCAGGAAACGACCGUGGAAACGAGGGAGAGGCGUUUGUUAUAUAUGUAGAGAAGCUGCUAGCAAGACCGUUUCUUAACGUUAAUCCAACUAAAAAAGAGCCUCAACUCUGAUUCACGUUUGCAUGGUCAUCUUCCUGCAAUAACACUCUCGUGAGAUUUCAGACCAAGAACUGUCCUUGAGCGAGACACAAGGGGUGUGACCGGGUGUUACCAGGGUAUUACGUUUAAGACACCAGGUAUAACUGCCUGAGCCUGUCGGAUGAAAAAAAGAACCACUUUUUGUGGAUGUAAUUCUUACGGGCACAAUUGCCCUGAAGAUGCUGAAGCUUCUGCACGGAUUCGUAAUGUUUUUGAACCCACUAGUCAUUUCGACACCAACAUAUGUGAAAAUAGGGCCCAGGUAAAAAAAAAAAAAAAUACAGAAAUUAUCCUUUAAACUAGAAUAAUGAUUAUGGAGUUGCCGUCCACCUCUAAAUGUUUCUGAAUGUUUUGGUGUCAUGCCCUUUUGAAUGGAAAGUGCCAGAGUUAUUGAUUAUGGACACCUGUGGAGCUCAGAAAUUCUAUUUAAUUAAAAAAAGUUCUGGAUGAUUUCAUUUAUUGUACAGUUAUAAUUGGGUUUUAAGUCUUUUUAAUGUCUUAACGCUUUCUGAGACUCCCAACUGUCCAUACAUAGAUCAUGUCUUUACUCUGUUGCUUCAGUGGUUGUCAGUGUGUAUUUGGGUCUCAGGGAAAUCCCAGUGCUCUUAUGGUAUCAAGGCAGAGUAGCGUGACCUAUGUUUGCCUUAAAUGCUCGGCAAAGCUCAGAGCACCGUCAGACUGUGAAUACUUGACUCUGAUAUAUGCAAGGCUUAAGUCCAUCUAGGUUUAAGAUUGUUUAUAAGGUAAAGCUGGUGUUCAGCAUACACUAUUUUGAAGAGUUUGUGUGAAACCUCCCGGUACCCAACAUAAACAGCAGUAGUGGGAUCAACUGAUGUUAAACUCAUAUGUAGACAGUUCAAGUUCAACUUAAAGGGGUUUUUGGCACAAACUGGUGCUGGUUUUAAACAUCUAGAUGCUUUGGGGUUUUUGUUAAGUUGACUAGAUUUAAAUGGACCUGUCUGAAGGAUGCAACUAUGUAUGUGAGGUCUGCUAUGAAAUGUUAUUUGGAAAGAAUAAUUAUGACUUGAAUUUUGUGAAGAAAUGAAGGUCUCUUAUCUGUAAUAUACUUUGAUUCGCUGAAUAAAAUUAUUGCAAGUACUGUA